AUGAGCAACAGCGACGCCGCCGGCAAUGAGAGCUCUUCGUCCAACCCCAUCCCGCCGCCCACCGAUGAGAGCCCCCGCCUUGCUCCUCGUCACAGCCCUCAUGGCCGCGGCUCUUCUCCGAUGCAUUCCUGGGAAAUGGCCCUCUUCUCUCCGCCGCCACCGCGCACUCCCCCGAUCAUUGGAGCCCCGGGCCGGACGGCUUUCGGGCCUUACAGGCCGCCGGCCCCGCAGUGGCCGUCGACGGGCCCUAGCGGCAGCCGGGGUUUGGGCUUCCAAGCCGUGCCCGUCGGGGGCAGGGGCGGCGGCGUUGUUGCUGCGGCUGGGGGGCUCCACAUUGGCGGGUGCCCGUCGGGAAGGAAGAGAGGUCGUGAAGGUGGCGUUGGAAGCAGCAGUGGCGGAAAUAGGGUGGGAGAAGGUGGUGUGCAGCAUUGUAGCGUGUGUAAUAAAGGGUUUGGUUCGUCCAAGGCGUUGUUCGGACACAUGCGGUCGCACCCCGACCGGGGGUGGAAGGGCGUGCAUCCGCCGCCGGCUUUUAGGGCGGAGGAGGAGUUUGCAGAUCUCCACGUGGCGCCGGAGGCUGAAGCAGAGCCGGAGGCGGGAGAGGAUGAGAACAACUAUCGCGUGCCGGACUUGAAUCAGCCGCCACCGCCAGAUUCCAUCUGA